CUUCAUUCCGUUUUAGUAUUCCUAUUUAUUUGAUCUUCACACUGCAGCUUCAAAUCUCAUAUAAACCCACCUUUCCUUUUUUGUUAUUUGUUUUUCGUGCAUGAUAUCUGAGUAGGAAAAGGUUAUUUGAGAUUAAUUUCAUGCUCUUCAAGAUUCUGUAGUUGUCCUUAAGUCUCCUCGAUUGCAUUCGCUAGCUCCAUUUUUAAAUUUACUGGACCAGUUUUAUGUGUAGCUAUUAUGAUCAUCACCACAGUAUCUUACUUAAUUAGUUCUCAAUGGAGCUAGCUAGAAAAAUUACAGUGCUUUUCUGUUUCUUGAUUGUGUAAAUAUUUUUCAUCAUCUCUUUCUAUCGCCAGUAGAUCUUAGUUGCAGAUCCGUGAGUCCAAUAAAAAGAAAAAGAAAUAACCUUUUUGUAAAUUAAUAACAGUUUAAAGUAAGAGGUACCUUUUCUUAGUCCAUGAAGGACUUGGAAAACAGAACUGAUCAAGAUCAUCAAAUGGCUUCUCCUUUCUGUUUCUUUAAAAAGCCAUUAAUAUCAUGGGUUGUUGUUCUUGUUCUUUCUCCAGUUUUUGCUGGUUUUUUCAGCUUUGGGUUCUUAUCAUCAGUACUUCUCACAGCUAUAGUAUUGAUUAUAUCCACCGUUUUCUUCACAUUCACAAAGCAAAAACCAGCUUCAGUAGUAAACAACUCAGUCACUGAAGAGGCUAUUCCUGAGUCAACUGAUGAUCUCCAGGACGAUGUAUCAAUGAAGCAGCCUGAAAAUGAAACUGUGACACCGCACAAGGAAGAAGAACAAGAAGGAGAAUCGAUAGGGCAUCAGAUUCAUCAUGACUACUCAAACAGAUCGUCACCUGAUUUGCUAUCAGAAAGCGAAAGCUUUAAUCAGUUGUCAACUAGUGAAGAUUCUGAAGUGGACUGGCCAUUCAGAGAUAUUGUGUACCAGAGUCCAGAUUGCUCUGAUGGAUCUAUUUCUGAUGAAGAAAGUCUCAUUGAAAUUGCUCUUCCGAGUGGGCACUAUGUUGGGCAUAAGGAAGAAGUUGUGCCCAAGUUUAGUAGUUUGCAGCAGUCCAUUCUGAAGCAACAUAGUUUAAUGGAACUCUUGGCAGAGAUUAAUGACAUGAAUGAAGAAGACAACUUGAUUGAGAUUGACAUAUCCAUGGGCUCCAUCAAGUGUUCAAGGUUUGAGAUUGAAGCAUGAGUUUUAAUUAUUGAUCUUUUAAUAGAGUUACAGCUUGAUCAUCAGUAAUUUUAAAAGUUUUUGAUCCUUGAUCAGGGAUUUGUUGUUACAGAUUAGGGGAAAGUUUCAAACAUUUUAU